AUGCCCGCAAUGCUCACGUUGGCGCCGCUGGUCGCUGGGGUGCCGUCCAUUUCGGUGGCGUUCACGGCGGCAGCGGCGGCAGUGGUGGUGGCGGCGACGGCGGUGGUAACAGCAACGGAGGCGGCUUCACCGACGUUGGGGGUGGCAGCGGCGACGGCGGCGGUGUUGUCAGGGACGGCGGUGGUGGUGUUGGGGACGGCUGCGGCAACUGGCGUAGCGGCGAUGACGGCGGCGGUGGCAGCGGUGGUGGUGACGGUGGUCGCGGCUCGGCGUUGGCUCUCAUGCGCCCAGAUGGGCAUCAGGCCGACGGGGCAGAGGGUGUUUUGCGGGUGGUGCGCUGUCGGCAAGGGAAUUCGCAAGGUUAUCGCCCGGACUACCAGUUCUACCGCUGUUCGCCCCCUCCAGCUUUUCUUCGCCGAUCUGGCGGGGCCGCUCCCGCGUUCGGCGGGCGGCUCCACCUACGUCUUGUGCAUCGUCGACGACUGCACCAACUUCGGUGUUCUGAAGUUUCUCAAGGACAAGAGCGCCCCCGCCGUCUGCACAGCACUCCGCGAGUUCCUCGUCUCCCUGCAGGGCGCCCGCGCUUCACCGGUGUUGUGGCGACGUACGGCGGCGGCGCCGCGCGGGAUCGGUGGGCAGACGGCGGCCUUGACAAGGGCAUCGCAGUUGUUCGUGGCGGCGGGAGGCGAUGGCGGCGGCGCCGGCGGCGGGGGGCACGGCAGCAGCGGGAGCAUCAGCGUCGUCCCCGGUCGCCGCGUUGGCGCCGGGCCUUCCGAUGGACGCAGCGGCGAUGGAGGCGGCGCCGGCGGUGGGAGGUACGGCAGCAGCGGGAGAAGCGGCGUCGUCCCCGGUCGCCGCGUUAGCGCCGGACCCUCGGACGGACGUAGCGGCGAUGGAGGCGGCACCGGCGGCGGGGGGAAUGGUAGCGGCGGCAGCAGCAGCGCCGUCCCCGGUCGCCGUGUUGGCGUCCUACAUUCGGACGACCGCAGCGGCGGUGGCAACGGCGGCGGGGUCGAUGUCGACGUUGAUGGAGGAGAUGGCGACGCUCGUGGCGUGCACACUUGGGUCACCCCCUCCGUCACGAGGCCAUCCACGCGGCGCUUAGCUGCCGCUGGGCCUCUGCCGCGGUCACCGGGGGUGUUGGCGAUGCUUGCAAUGGCGGAAGACAUCGACGCGCGAAUGGACGAUGAGCGGUGCUUUGGGGGUCCGGAGUUGCCGGAUGAGCCUGCGAGCGAGCGCGUGACCCCGACCACGUGGGCGGAGGCGCACUCGGGCGAAGACAGCGACAUCUGGUACAGCGCUGAGGACGCGGAGUUCACUGGACUUCUCGAGGCGGAGACUUUUGGGCCAGCGGCGUUCGUUCAAUCCAAGCUGGAAGAGGACGUAUACAUUCGUUUGCCGAAAGGUUGUGGAACUCUCUCGGGUACAGUUGUCAAGCUUGCCCGUAACCUGUAUGGUCUGAAGCAAGCGUCCCGCAUGUGGCCUUACCAUUUGCUCCGAGCAAUGAAGCGCCUUGGGUUUGAGCAGUGUGCUGCUGAUCCUUGUGUCAUGCGUCUGAUGGAGGAUGGUGAUGUGGUGACAAUGGUGGUUGUUGUGCACGUCGACCACAUUUUCUCGAUCGGGACCAAGAGUAGGUGUGACCAAUUUGGCAGAGACUUCAACGCUUUCGUCCCGAUCAAGAACCUUGGGGAGCUGAGUUUGUACGCUGAGAAGUUCGGUGUCACACGCAACAAGGAGAGUCCCAUGGCAGCUCACGCCCCCAAGAUGGUGCAUUGGCGUGCGGCCUUGCAUGUUUUGAUGUAUGUCCGGUUCACGGUCGGCCUUGGUAUCACGUAUCAGCGAGGAACGGAUGGCGGUGUCUCGUUGGAACUUUUCGUUGACUCCGAUUACGCGAGCAACGCGACGGACCGGCGGUCGGUUUCUGGUGCGGUUGUGAUGUGUGCCGGGGCGUGUGUCUCGUUUUUGUCGCGAACACAGAAGAGUGUCACACUUUCUUCGACCGAAGCCGAGUAUGUUGCGAUGGGCGACGGUUUAAAGGAAGCGAUUUUCUUGCGCUAUAUCUGGAGUUUUAUCUUUCCGGAUGAUGAGCGCAUCGGAUGCACUAGAGUAAACGAGGAUAACAUGGGGGCCCUUCAUUUGGCCAACAACCCGGUCACCACCCCCAACUCUAAGCACAUAGAUAGACAUUCGACACCAUUUCAUUCGGGAGCGGGUGGCACGCAAGCAGUUUAA